CUCACACGAAUAGCCCCUGGAGACCUAAGCUCUUCCACCGCCGUACUUGUACUUACGCCUAUCUCCUGCCUGCUCAUCCCAUAUUCACCAUCGUACUAGCACGUUGUCGCGUAGGCGCGCUCUACUUCUAGCACUCGGCUGAGUAGCCCAUGUUUCACAGCUCAGCGACGAAACUUGAUCUGCAAGCCGUGACGUCAGACAAACAGCAGUGGCGACAGUGGUGGGUGGACUGAUCAAUCGCCUAAAAUCUCGCGCUGAAUUCCGAACGAGGCCCUAGCUAUUGCGAGCGUGCGUCCUGAUAUGGCGUAUCAAGGGCCUCCUGUCACAGCGCCGCCCAAUCAAGGUUACCAUUUCAGUCGCGACGGUCACUUGUCCCCUCCCGACUGCGCGUCGCCAACAGAAGGGUUCACGAAUCCCCUUAGCAGCAGCACCAGCAGCCCCAGCUGCGGUCAUUACUACCACUGCGACUCGCCGCCGCCAUGCUACGGAGUGAUCGUAACGAACAAGGACGCCAGCGUCUAUGACAACUGCUGCGUCGCGCUAGUCUCGCUGCUCUGCUGCUGCUGCCUCAUGGACGCCUUCGUCUGAACGCCGUUGCUUCUGAUUGCCUUCGUCUAAUUUGGUGCCAUCACGGAUGCUCUGCUGCGGCACGAUGGACGCCUUCUGGCCUGAUGCCGCUGCUGCCAUCGCCGAUGCCUCUUCUGCAUCGUGAACGCUCGCGUCUGAAGCUGAGUGCUUCAUCUCAUCCGGCGUGGCUUUGCCUCUUUAUAGGCUGCGGCGUGAGGCAAAGCCUUGAGAUCAGAUCUUCCAGAAUCCCAUUUUUGACAGCCGCCCUAGUUCCUUCUGGUGGUGUUGCAAUAAGCCCCACACACAUACUGCGUUGAGUGUCUUGGCAUGAAUACUUUACAUUUGUUGCAAGUUGAGUACGACUACAUCAGUGCAAUUCCCACAACAG